AAAACCAAACCAACAAAGAGAAAAUGGCUCCAAAAUAUUAUGGUUUGGAAGCUCUGUUCUUCAUGGCCAAAACCCUUUUCCCAAAAAGAGCCAACCAAUUCAGUCUGCAAAAGAAGGUGGUCAAACCCAAUAAACUACUCCAUAAAAUUUCAUCAGGAUUACUUCCAGAUGGUAAGCAAGCUCUGGUAUUUCAAAUGGAGGGAGCAUUGUUAAAGUCAUCUUCAAUCUUUCCUUACUUCAUGCUUGUGGCGUUUGAAGCUGGUGGGCUUUUAAGAGCUCUCAUUCUGUUCCUGCUAUACCCUUUUGUAUGUUUGGCUGGUGAAGAUUUGGGGAUGAAGGUUAUGGUAUUUGUUUGCUUUGUGGGGAUCAAAGCAAAAGGUUUCAGAGUUGGAAAAGCUGUAUUGCCCAAGUUCUUCUUGGAAGAUGUUUCCAAUGAAGGAUUUGACAUGGUGAUGAUGACGAGGUUUGGGAGAAAAGUUGGAGUUACUAAUUUGCCUAGAGUUAUGGUGGAUGGCUUUUUGACCGAUUACCUUGGUGUUGAUGCUGUAUUGGGAAGAAACUUGAAGGUGGUUUCUGGGUAUUUUGUGGGUUUGAUGGAGGAAAGCAAAGCUGAUAAUAAGGUUUUGGAUAAGAUACUUGGGGAAGAGAAAUUUGGUUCCGGUAUUAUAGGAAUUGGUAGCUUCAACAAGGCACUUGAUCAGCAACUCUGUUCUCGUUGCAAGGUUGUUCACUUGGUAAGUGAGGUUGAGAAGAGGAGCUCGAAAGUGCUUCCAAGGGAGAAAUACCCAAAGCCCUUGAUAUUCCAUGAUGGAAGAUUGGCUUUUAGACCAACUUUACUAGCCUCAUUGGUAAUGUUUUUAUGGAUUCCAUUUGGGUUUUUACUUUCAAUAAUCAGAAUUUCUAUCGCUGUACUUCUUCCCCUUAACAUAUCUCUUCCUAUCUUAACCUUUAGUGGAAUGAGAAUAACCCAAUUCUCAAAACCCAAUUCCAUUCCCACCCAAUUCGAAAUUGCCCCCAAAAAACCAAAUAGCAGUACACUCUAUGUAUGCAACCACAGAACUCUGAUUGAUCCAAUCUAUGUCUCAAUGGUUCUUGGGAAACCUCUCACAGCAGUCACAUACAGCUUAAGCAGAGUCACUGAGCUUAUUUCACCAAUCAAGACGGUUCGUCUAACAAGAUGUAAAGAGAAAGAUUCAAAACUGAUGGAGAAGCUGCUGAACCAAACUGAUAUUGUGGUUUGUCCUGAAGGAACUACUUGCAGAGAACCAUAUCUUCUAAGGUUUAGUCCUUUGUUUGCAGAAAUGAGUGAUGAAAUAGUUCCUGUAGCUAUAGAUUAUUGUGUUAGCAUGUUCUAUGGAACAACAGCAAGUGGUUACAAGGCCUUGGAUCCAAUUUUCCUGCUCAUGAAUCCAAUUACCAACUGCUCUAUCAAGAUUCUAGACAAGCUACCAGGAUGUUUUACUUGUAGGGUUGGAGGGAAAUCCAAGUUUGAAGUAGCUAAUUAUGUUCAGUCAAAGAUUGGUAAAGUUUUAGGAUUUGAGUGCACUAGCUUAACAAGGAAAGAUAAAUAUAUCAUCUUGGCAGGUAAUGAGGGGACAAUAUAGGAGACUAGGGCCAUUAGUCACUUGAUGUGUGCUUUAUGAUAAGUGUAUUAGUGUUUCAUAUAUCAUUAACUAAUAACCGUAUCAAUAUUAUAUAUUCUUCAAAAGAUAA